AUGCAUAACUCUAUGGCACUGGUAGAUUUCAUAAAACGAAUAGAAAGUCAUAUUGACUCAGUUGCAUUUUUAGCUCUCCAGAAAUUCGGAAAAGCUACACAGUCUCAUCUCAUCUCCAGGGCUGCAGCGACAAACUCGACCAAGAGGAAAAUUUGUCCGUCAAAUUUGGCACUUGAAGACCUUUCGCGCAUCAGCGAUCCUGCUAGAGAUGCUCAGUCGAACGGCUACGCACACAUAGCGGAGAGAAGGCGAUUAAAAAAUAACGAGAUUCUGUCGAGAGAGCGGUCGCUGUUUCCUGAAAGCUCGGCAUUGAGGUCGAUUUCAGAAAAAAAGGUACUUGAAAAGAUCAGAAGUAACAUUAUUGUUGAUGACAAGAAGAAGUCUGUCAGAUUGCGGAUUCGGCGAGCACUGAAAGUAAUGGACUCUCCUGAGAAAACGAGAUCGUGGACACGAGAAACUCAGGGGCCAUUCUCGCAAAAAAAUCUUUUUAGAACUUCUACUAACAAUGUUACCACAGUUAUAUCAAAGGAAAACCGGGAGGCUCUAACUCGAAUGAGCAGUGGCUACGCCUCGGAAGAUGUUAAUCAAGUUGCCGGCACAAAGCCUCACGUUGAAGUUGUAUUGAAAAGAUAUCAGGAUGAAAAUGGGGGAGAGUCGUUUCCUCAAAGGUCCACAUCUUUAAUGCUGGUCUCUGCAUUACAGAAGCAAAUUCGACCACGGUUGCGCAAACCACUACAUGCGCGAUUCAAGCGGUCUCGGACAGUGCAUUGGGCAAGUCGGCCUUUGUGUGGACCCAGUGUUGACGUCAGAGGUGCUGUGGACACUUUGACCUCAGAAGAGUGGGAGAAACAGCACGAUGCCUUGCAAAUCUUGAGCUAUUUCUUCGGAGCCAACUUGCACACAGAGUGCCACGAACUUCGCAGCUGGUCGCUAGAACAAAUCCAACAGCUCUGCAGCGGUCUUGUCUUCGCCGCAUCCAGCCUGCGCUCGCAGGUGUCAAGAAUGGCCAUAGAAGGUAUAAAGUCGACGGUGAAGUUGUUGACGUCGGAGCAGCUGGAACCGGUGACGCGGUCGCUCUUCUUUGGCCUAGUGGGUCGGGUGGGUGGCGACGCGAGCACAGCCUUCCUGCGCAAUGAAGCGUGCGAGGCAAUCAAUCUGCUGGCGGAGCGGGCGCCAGCGCUUGCCCUCCUUGUCUGUCUCAACGACGCCUGCCACAACACCCCAUCCCGCAGCCUCCUUGGUCGGCGCUGUCUCGUGCGCUGCUACGCUGCCGUUCUGCCUCGCCUCCUAACACCCAGUGCAUGCCUAUCCAAGGGCAACCAACACUCUCUCCCGACGCGCAAACACCAGGACACUUUCAACCGGAUGCUUCCUCACCUCGCCUCUUUCCUCCGCAAUGGCGACUUUGAAACAAGGAACAAUGGAGAAAAAAUUCUUCAAGUGUUAAUGACAAAUCGUGACUUUGAAACACACCUCAAAUCAUUAGUAAGCGACCACGACCGCAGCACAUUCAUAGAAGCAAUGGAUAAGAUAUCAAAACGCAAGAGUAACUCCUGUAUAAACAGCUCAUUCUCGACUCCGCGAAUGCCACGCAGACCCACCUUCCGUUGCGUUACGCACGGACGCUCAGGUAGUCGACUGUUUGACAGACGCACCACGACGUCUCCGCCCCCCGCACCACUCCCGCUUACACCCCGAUCCCCGCUUCCAAACGAGGUCGUGCAGUGCGACUACUACAUUGACGGCAGCAAAGUCACGAUGCUGCGGUUGGGAGAGCGGGAGCGCCUCCUUAGCCUUCUCAAACUCGGAGCACAGAUCAAUGAAUCUGAUGUCCCUAUCGAGCUUUCAACCCCAGAGAUAUUGGAUCUAGUAUCACCAAUGCUAAGGGAUGAAAACGAAGAAGUUGUCGUCACAGCAUUAAAGCUGUGUCUGGAUGCGAGGCGGUUGGAUUUGAGAAACAGCUGUUGCAAACACUACGAGGAGAAAUUUUGUCCGGGUCUGCUCUCUCUUCUCUGCGAAAGGGAGGAUACGGAGGGCUUUACGAGUGUUUUAGCACUCAUCUACCGACAACUCCAUAGCAAAUUGAUUGCUGUGUCGAAUUUAUCACGCAAAUGCCUUGACGAGACUCGGCGCAUACUGGGUGCCGGGGCAUUGGUAAAACCGCUACUACAAGCUAUACACUUGAGCACCUCAGGCACUGCGAGCCUAGUUCACGAACUGUGCGACAUCACGGCAGACCUUGACGUGGAGUCACCGCUAAUUGCACGCCAUCUGCUGCCCGCAGCCGCGCAGCUGCUACGUCGGUGCCAUCCACUGGCGGAGGCGGGGUGGCGGCAGUGCAAUGAAGUGGAUACCGCCGAACACGACGCUGUAGCCACCUUCAUCAAGUGCCUCGCCAAUCUGGCGGGAGUGGACGCGCUCCACGCUACCACUGCCAUCGAGGGUCUGAACAAUGAAAUUCUUCAACAUUUCCUAGUUCCAGACUGA